CAUAGUUUGGGAAUUGACAUAAUGGGCAGAUUUUUUGUUACUUGUCUGGUACUACUGAUUCUCUGUUUGUUAUCAUCAAUUGAGAAGUUUGCCUGUAAUGGUGAAACCCAUUGUUUAGAAUCCGAUUGGGAAGCUCUUCUUCAGUUUAAAAGUGGCCUCAAUGAUCCUGAAAAUCGCCUCUUGUCGUGGCAGGGAAAUGAUUGUUGUCAAUGGAAAGGAGUGCAAUGUGACAACAGUUCUGGAGCUGUCACUGCAAUUGAUCUCCACAACCCACAUCCAUAUGAUAUUUAUCAUCCUUCUAACAGGUAUGGGUUCUGGAACUUGAGUGGAAAUAUUGAUCCUGCUUUGUUAAGACUCAAGUCAUUGAGGCACUUGGACAUAAGUCUCAACACAUUUGAUGGCAUCCCAAUUCCUGAUUUUAUUGGUUCUUUGCAAGCAUUGCAAUAUCUAAACCUGUCGAACGCAGGUUUUAGUGGUGCAGUUCCUCCCAGCUUGGGAAACCUCUCUAGCUUGCAGUCCCUUGAUGUUUCUUCAGGUUUUCUUUCUUUGAUGGCUGACAGUCUACAGUGGGUGGCUGGUCUCAGCUCUCUAAGACACCUUGCGAUGAAUGGGGUGGACCUUUCGAUGGUGGGAUCUAACUGGGUCCCCAUAUUGAAUAGGCUUCCAUUAUUGAAUGAGUUGCAUUUAUCCCUUUGUGGUUUGACUGGUCCCAUUCCAUCCCUUCAUUUUGUGAAUUUCACUUUACUUGCAGUGCUGGACCUUAGCUUUAAUAGCUUCAGUUCAAUGUUUCCUGACUGGAUUGUAAACAUAAGUAGUCUUGUAUAUUUGGACAUGAGUUCUAGUAGUUUGAAAGGAAGGAUUCCCCUUGGUAUCUCUGAGCUUCCAAAUUUGCAACAUCUGAAUCUUGCAGAAAAUGGUAAUCUUACUGCUAGUUGUGUGCAGCUACUAAAGAGAGAUUGGAGAAGCAUUGAGGUACUUGACUUAUCUGUGAACAGAGUACAUGGGAGACUCCCUUCCUCCAUUGAAAAUAUGACAUCUCUGGUUGAUUUUAGCUUGUUUGCUAAUAAAAUUACGGGAGGGAUCCCAAGCUCGAUUGGUUUUCUAUGCAACUUAAAAAGCUUGAACAUAGCAGGUAAUAACUUGACAGGGGGUUUACCUGAAUUUCUUGAAGGAACAGAGAAUUGCAUCACUAGGAGUCCUUUGCCUAAUCUGAUGUACUUAAGAUUGAGUAGCAAUCGACUGGUUGGGAAUUUACCAAAUUGGCUGGGUGAGUUGCAUAAUCUAAUGGAGCUUUCUUUGGAUAACAACUUGCUUCAAGGUCCAAUUCUUGCUUCUUUGGGGAGAUUGUCAUUCUUGACAGAUAUGGGACUUGGGGGGAACAAAUUGAAUGGAAGCCUUCCUAAUUCUAUAGGAGAGCUUUCUGAGUUGGUUUCACUUGACGUGUCAUUCAAUCAGUUGACUGGGACUGUGUCUGAAGCUCAUUUCUCAAAGCUAAGUAACUUGAAGUUCUUAAUAAUGUCUUCAAAUUCCUUAAUUUUGAAUGUUAGCUCCAAGUGGGUUCCUCCAUUCCAUGUCCAUAAUCUUGACAUGAGGUCUUGUCAACUAGGUCCCUCCUUUCCUGAUUGGCUUGAAACUCAAAAGGAAAUCAAUUAUUUGGAUAUUUCAAAUGCUAGCAUUUCAGGCCUUAUACCCAACUGGUUUUGGGAUCUUUCUUCUAAUCUGUCUCUAUUGAAUGCAUCUUUCAAUCAGUUACAAGGUCAACUGCCAAACCCUCUUCCAAUUGCAUUCUUUGCAGAUAUAGAUUUCAGGUCCAACCUCUUGACAGGACCCAUACCUCUUCCAAUGAUCCAGAUUGAAUUACUGGAUCUCUCUAACAAUCAAUUUUCUGGUCCUAUACCGUCGAGCAUAGGUGAUGUGCUGUCAAAUUUGGUGUUUCUGUCUCUUUCAAGUAACAGUAUAACAAGUGAAAUCCCAACCUCCAUUGGAAACAUGUUGCUUCUAGAAGUCCUUAAUCUGUCACAAAAUAAUCUGACAAGCAGUAUACCAUCAAGCUUACAAAAUUGUUCUUAUCUAAAAGCCCUAGACCUUCGACAAAACAAUCUAUCUGGGGUGAUCCCAUUGCAAUUGGGUCAGUUAUUACAGAUUCAAACAUUGCACCUAAGCGACAAUAGUUUAUCUGGGGAACUUCCAUCAUCCUUGCAGAACUGCUCUAGUUUGGAAACUCUAGACAUCGGGAACAACAAAUUCUCAGGUAACAUUCCACCCUGGAUUGGAAAAAGGCUGACCAAUCUCCGAGUUUUACGCUUGAGCUCAGAUGCAUUUUCAGGAAGAUUAUCUUCUCAACUUUCAAAUCUAAAGUCAUUGCAAGUUCUGGAUCUUGCAAAUAACAAUUUGGUUGGAGACAUUCCAGCCAGCUUAGGGGAUCUUCAAGCAAUGACACAAGCACAAAGUUUAAAUAAGUAUCUGCUUUAUGGGAAGUUCAAUGGGCUCUAUUAUGAAGAGAAUGUGGUUAUUUAUAUUAAAGGCCAUGCUCGAGAAUAUACCAAGACACUUUCUCUAGUAUCUUGCAUAGAUUUGUCUGGAAAUAAUUUGGUGGGAGAAUUCCCUGAAGUAAUGACGAAUCUCGGAGGCUUAAUUGUUUUGAACUUGUCAAGAAAUCAUAUCAGCGGGAGCAUCCCUGAGAAAAUUGCAAACAUGCAUGAAUUAGAAUCUCUGGAUGUCUCAAAUAAUCAGCUUUCAGGGAACAUUCCUCUCAGCAUGACAUCCAUGACUCCUUUGGGUUCUUUAAACUUUUCAAACAACAACUUCUCAGGAAAAAUCCCAUAUACAGGGCAGAUGACUACUUUUGAUGCGUCUUCAUACUAUGGAAACCCAGGUCUUUGUGGUCCUCCACUUCUCACAAGUUGCCAAAGUGGUGGUGGUGGUGGUGAUUCAGAUAGAAGAGGGACAGUGGAUGAAGAUAAGAGUGACAUAAAGGAUACAGGGUUUUACUUGAGUCUUGGUUUGGGAUUUGCAGCUGGUAUUUUGGUACCUUGUGUUAUUCUAGCAAUCAAAAAAUCAUGGAGUGAUGCCUACUUUGGUUUUGUGGAUACACUUAUUAAUAGAACAUUGCAGAUGUGUAGUAGCAGAGUAACAACCGAUAGAAACCGACCUCGUCGCUGA